AUGACCAUUGCUAAUCUCGUUGAUCAUCUGUGCAACCCUACACUACUUCACGAGCUUGUUGAAAAGCUUCCAUCGCAGCUCAAAAUGCAGUGGUCCUACUUCAAAAGUAGAUUCUGCAGUGUCAACCUAACGACUUUCAGUGCCUUCGUAUCGGAGCUCGUAGUAAUGGCCUCUGAGGUUACACUACCGGUCGAUAGUCAAACUAUGGGCCAGACCAGAUCAAGUAAAUCGGGAAAGGAGAAACCAAAACUGUUUGUACAUUCGGAGGAUCAGCUGGAAAGGAAGGCGUCGUCAGCAGUUGAGAAAGCAACAUCGGAGUCGAUGAAGAAAUCCUGCAUGUAUUGUGCUAAUUUCAACCACGAGAUAGCAGAUUGUGGACAGUUCAAGGCGUUAGGUAUUGAUGGUAGAUGGAAGGCAGUAAAGCAAAAGUAUUUGUGCAGGAGUUGCCUCGUGCCACAUCGUAAAUGGCCAUGCCGUACGAGGAAGGAAUGCGGCGUAGAAGGUUGUCAACAACACCAUCACAAACUUCUGCAUGACGUUAGGAGCACACCAUUAGAAACAAAAAGAUCGGAGCCUGCAGUAAAGCCAAGGAUAGUAGAACACCACAAUCUACAUAAGUCAAUGGCAUAUUCUCUCUUUCGGUAUUUGCCGGUUAUAAUCCAUGGUAAUGGUCAUCAGAUCAAAACCUAUGCGUUCUUAGACGACGGGUCGUCAUGCACGCUAUUAGAAUCCAGUAUAGCGCUGGCGUUGGGCGUCAAAGGACCGAACGACGGCUUUUCAUUAAGUUGGACCGGUAACAUGUCAAGAGAGGAGAGCACUUCCCAACGUAUCAGCGUAGUGAUCAGCGGUGAAGGAAAGAAGUUCAAACUUCAUAAUGUCAGAACAGUGCAGGAGCUGCGACUACCAGCACAAACGAUGUGUUACGAAGAUUUACAGCGUACGUAUCAUCAUCUGAAGGGCUUGCCGGUUAACAGCUACUCGGAUGCGAUUCCUGGAAUUAUCAUCGGCAUAGAACACGUUCAAUUAUUAACUUCCUUACGGAUCCGAGAAGGGAAAAACAAUGAACCAGUUGCAGCGAAAAUUCAGUUGGUGUAUCUUCGGCAGGAGUUCUGA